AUUUUCGGAGAUUUAUGAUUAAGGCCGAGUAUUAGUGACCAAUUUCGAGUAAAACAGAAGCCUACGCAAGGGUUUCGUUCGAAAACUUGAGUAGUCGGUUAUACACAAUUGCACUUAAGUAAUGUAAACUUUGGAAACGUUCUUCUGAAUUUGCCAUCCAGAUAUUCUUCAGUGUGCUUGAUGAUGCCUCAGUUGAUUGUGUAGCGGGGUUGUCGUGAGGAUAAACUCUAUAUAUCUGUCUCCUUUGUUUUUUUGAAAGACGAUGCCCCUGUUAAUUGUGUAGUGGCCAUUAGGAUAAACUUACCUUAUCUCUUACUACAAUCUUUGUUGAAGAGAUAUAAUUUUGAAGCGAGGAGAAAUGUGAAGGCUGAAAUGCGCUCGGCCCAGAUCAUCAUCAGAUAGAUGCAUGAUUCCCAGGCAUCGCUGCUUGAAACGUUCAUGAGAUAACGAGCAACAUGCUGACGUCAGUCGGGGGAUGAGGUCGAGGCAUCAGCACCUCGCCCUGUGGAUGAAGCCGCUCGACCGCGCAUGCGCACGCGCCCCCUUUGCUGCUGCUCCCUUAUCAAUCGUCGGUGGUGGCGGCGGGCAGGACAGACGAACUGGAGGUACCGCGCCUGGACUAUCUGUCGCCCAUGGUGGUGAGUGACAUGGUGGAGGUGCGAUGCCCUCUGGUCGUGGGCGUCGGGGAAAGCCUCGGUCCGUGUACCUACCUGGGCGGCGGCAAUGGCGGCGUCGGCAGCAGCCCAAUGGUGUCCCCUAGGACUUCCCCCAGGGUCAGUCCGCGCUCCUCGCCCAGGGCCAGUCCCAGGGCCAGUCCCAGGGCGAGUCCCAGGGCCAGCCCGAGAGCUAGUCCCAGGUCGACCCCUCGGAGGAGGUCCAGGGCGCAGUCGCGGGACGGCGUGCCCCUGGAGGAGCUGGUUGUUGUGUCUGUGCCGUGCAGGGAACUCAAGGUGGAGAACGUUCGGCUACUCGAUCGGUUUAGCAGUAGAAGGUCAACCGGGACCCUCUACCUCACUGCCACACAUCUCAUAUUCGUCGAUCCCGACGCCAAAAAGGAGACAUGGAUCCUUCACAUGCACAUCAGCGCCGUGGACAAGCUCCCUCUCUCGACCAAGGACUCUCCUCGCCAGGUCCGCUGCAAGACCUUCCUCUCCGUGACCUUUGGUCAUUCGAAGGAGAGGGAGAUUGCCAACGACAUCAUACAUACCUCGCUCCUCCAGCUGUCCCAACCAACACACCUAGAUGAUUUAUAUUGCUUCCACUACACUGCUAGCAAUGAUGACCAGCCCAAAAGAAGCGGCUGGGAUAUAUACAGUCCAGCAUCCGAAUACCAUCGAAUGGGUGUGCCAAAUGAGGCAUGGUCCCCCACUGCACUCAACCAUAAUUAUGAGAUAUGCGACACUUACCCACAAGAGCUGUAUGUACCUUCCUCAGCCCCGACCAAAGUUAUUCUUAGUAGUUCAAAAUUCAGAAGUAAGAGUCGGUUUCCAGUUCUCUCUUACCUCCAUAAGAAUCAGGCUGCCCUUUGUCGAUCUUCACAGCCCCUGUCAGGCUUCAGUGCAAGGUGUGAGGAAGAUGAACAGCUCUUGGACUGCAUUCUUCAGUCUAACCCAAAUUCGACAUAUAUGAUUGUUGUAGACACCAGACCAAAGAUUAAUGCAAUGGCUAAUCGUGCAGCUGGCAAAGGGUAUGAAAAUGAAGCUUACUAUGAGAACAUAAAGUUCCACUUCUCAGGAAUCGAGAAUAUUCAUGUCAUGCGAGCCUCCCUAGCUAAGCUCAUUGAAACUUGUCAACUAGUAACACCAUCUAUGGGUGGGUUUAUUGGAGGUGUUGAGUCAUCAGGUUGGCUAAAGCAUGUGCGUUCAGUCCUUGACACAGCGUCCUUCAUCACCAACUCCAUAAUGGAUGGCAUAAGUGUCCUAGUACAUUGUUCAGAUGGCUGGGACCGUACUGCUCAGACAUGUGCUCUGGCAGAGUUGUUGUUAGACCCUUACUACCGCACAACACAAGGAUUCCAGAUCUUGAUUGAGAAGGAGUGGCUAUCAUUUGGCCACAAGUUUACAGACAGAUGUGGACACAUCCAAGGAGACCCAAAAGAAGUUUCUCCAAUUUUCACACAAUUCAUUGAUUGUGUGUGGCAACUUCAGCAGAUUCUUCCAUCGGCAUUUGAGUUCAAUGAAAGAUACCUCUUGAUUCUUCAUGAUCAUGUGUAUUCUUCACAAUUUGGGACUUUUAUAGGCAAUUGUCAGAAAGACAGAAUUGACCUGAGGUUGUCAGAAAGGACAUAUUCUCUUUGGGGGUACAUAAAAUGCCAUGAAAGUGAGUACAGAAAUCCUCUCUAUAGAAGAGACUCGACUGCUGAUGUCCUGCGUCUUAACCUGUGCCCUCAGAGCAUCAAGUUUUGGCGUGGCAUGUAUAACAGGUUUGAAAAUGGUGUGCAUCCUCGUGAACCUUUGGGAGAUUUACUAGCUGCAACCACAGAGCAUGCUCAGGCACUCUCAGAUCAAGCAGAUUUUCUUACAAAGCGAAUUACAUGGAUGAAGAAUGAGUUGGAAAGAAAAGGCAAGAACUCCAGUAAAGCAGAUCCUGACAACAACUAUGAUAACAAAAUUCUCGAUGAAGAUCCUCAACAGAAUGGAGAGGUGAAAGGAAACUCAAUAAGUGUCUUUGGGAUGCAGGAAGUAGAAGAGUCAUUAGUGUCAGUAGGUGCAUUGACAGUAACGAACUCAGUAGAAUCUGGGAAUUCCCCAGAUAAGCUUUCACCCAGCUCAAACUACAGCUCAUAUCCACAGUUUAAAGGAAGUAGUAGAAAGUCUCUGGGUCAGUUGUCAACUUACCAAGCUGGGCAUGCAGUCUCCCCUGAGCUGGCUUCAGUAGCCUUAGACUGGAAAACUUUUAGAAAUGUCAGGGAAUGCUCUUGCUCUACUCCUUUUGAUCACUUCAGCAGAAAGUACCAUUGCUGGAGGUGUGGUGAAGUUUUCUGUACUCGAUGCAUAGAUAAGAAGGCAUCCUUGCCGGGACAUCUCAGUCAACAGCCUGUACCUGUUUGUCGACCAUGCUACAAAGAUGUAACACGCUCCAUUUCUGUAGACACUCCAUAGGACCUCCUUGUAUUGUAUUUUGCUUGUUGGUGGUGCAUUUAGGUAACCAUUGACGCAGUAAGUUAUGUGGGUUGUGUUUUUUAAUCAGAAACUUGUCAAAAUAAAGUUAGAUUUGAGAAUAGAACACUUGUUUUAAUUAAAAAAAAAAAUUAAAGCCACAGAUAUGAUUGUCAAGAAUCUCUGGAUUUUUGUACAUGACCCACAGUAUACUGAUCUGAUUUUGCUGAUUUGGAUGGCAUUUAAUUAAUUUCUGUGAUGAGCUUCAUCUUCAAUAACUCCCUCCCAUCUGAGUUUAGUGUGGACUUAAAAAAAGGAUUUUACUCCAAAAUACAGUAAUGACUUGUGUACAAUGAGAGAAGUUACUUAUAUCAUCAGCUUAAAUUAUUUUAAAUUGCUGUAUAAGUAAUAUUUACUAAAUUAAAUUCACAUAAAAUAGUUGACAAAACAUUUUUAAUUCCUCUUGGGAAAGUUUGUAUGUACACACAAAAAUUCAAGAACAUAACCAGAACGUUUUUCACAAAAAAAUUCAAAAACAUAAAACAUUUUUCACACUAGCAAAAUUCAAAUUUCAGUUUAAUCCAUCAUGCUAAGAGUAUAAAGCAUAUGUACAGUAUGUAUGAUUACAUUACUUGGGUGCAAUUAUGGUUGGACUUUUCCUUUAAAUUCUUUCGGAUGCCUAAAGAAUUGAUAAAUUUUUAAAAGGAAUUGGCAGAGAAACUUUUUAAGUCUUGACUAGUAUGAAAAUGACACUUAUAGGUAAUCAAAACAUCAGAUUAUCAGGUACUAACUGCUGAUAUCAAUUACACGUAUAUCCUGAAAUGCCACUGAAACUAGUGCUACCAUCUUGAUAAAAAUGUCAAAAUUGGCAUUUUCCCAUUGAAACCUCUCUGCUCUAGUUUAUAAGUGAAAUUAAUUUAGGGAAACGAAUAUUAAGAGUAAACUUGCAUUGGCCAAAGUACGUUCAAUAAUCCAACAAAACUGAAUGAACAUGACUUCCACAGAAUUACUUUAUGCGAACAUGCUUACAACUAUCAUGAAAAGGCAUUGAUAAAUCAUCAGUCAAGGUUCUCAGAAAAACCCUUAGUAUAUAUACGACUAACAUUUCUAAAACAUUUAAAACGCAACAUCAUCAUUAAUAUUUAGUACACCAGUUGCUCUAAUAAUGUAUGGACUAUUCCCCUAAAUAGUAGAAAAACCUCAAACUCACUUCCAGAAAUAAAAUCUCUUAUGGUAAGUUUAGUGGUUUGUACAAAUAACAUUCUGUAAAUAUACUAUGCAUCAUACAUUACUUGACUACUCAUGUAGCAAUGAACAAUUACAAAAACUUUUUAGAAUAUGUGAAGAAAGACUAAAAUAGUUAAGCUAAUGACAGUAACAACAGGAAAAAUAAUGCUUUAGGAAGGAAAGUAUAAAGCCUCUCAGAGUUGGCAAACAGAAAGCCAUGGAUACAAAUCCCCAUGAUGUACCGUAUACUAAUGUUACUUGAAUAAAGUCAACAACAUAUAAACAUGCUCAGGAAAAUAGCUACCAGCAAUCAAAAGUUAAAGGGAGCCAUGAUGUCAUUAAGCUGCACAUGCUACAGAAUUGGGUAAAAAUUUCUCUUACUAUAUACCUCUGCUGCCUGUCAACCAUAACAUGAAAACUACUUUCUACAGCAGAUGUUAUUUUUGGGCUCAGCCGUGUCGCUCCGUGAAAUGUGUCCUCUUUAGCACUAUUUCUAGUAAAAUAUUGCUAUGAUACCGUCAAAAUCCCUUUUUUCAGCUUAUUGCUAGCUUAUGUAUACACUAGCAAAUAACAGAAAAAGCCUAAAAUAGUUUGCACACUUAUUAAACUUAUUUUGAAUACAAUUUUUUUUUUUACAAGUGACCAAUUACUAGUUGUUUUGUACAGUGAUGAAAGUUUUAUGCAUGAGACUUAACUACAGAAAAAUACUUUUGAAAGUCAGUGUUAACCACCUUGAAAAACUAUAUAUUUUCAUUAACCACCAUUCAACAUAUAAAUUAUAUACUAUAUUAAAUACAGCAUAAUUAGAUGCACGAGGUACUAAAUUGAAGGACCCCGUAGAGGGGUACUACCAUUAGUGCACCAGACUUGGUACACUGUAGGCAUUACUUAAGGGUCUUUGCAGUCUCCCUUCACCCCCUAGCUGCAACCCAUUUUUACCUUUUACUGUACCUCCUUUCAUUUUCUUUUCCUUCCAUCUGACUUUCCACCCUCUCUAACAAUUGUUUCUAAGUGCAAGUGUGAGGUUUUCCUCCUGUUACAUCUUUUAAACGAGCCUCAUACGUUCCGGUGAUUGGCCUUUCGCCUAAAUUCUAGAUUCUAUUCUAGACUAAAGGAGUUACUUUUAUCCUAACUUCUAAUCAAUUUUACAACAGUGACUGGUACCAAGAAUCAGACAACUAUCGUUAAAUAUUACCUACAAUCGUAUCCUCCAUAACCUGUUAACAAAUCACAGUUACAUUUCAAAUGUAAUGUACCAACAAACACUAAACUUUAAACAUCUUACAUCUGAAGGUUAAAAGGAUUGACAGGAUCAAUAUACUGUCCAAAAGAGCCCAACUGUCAAUGUGUAACACAAGAAUGUUAUUACUGUAUCUCCUACUAUGUACUUACUCAGUAGACAUCCAAAAGUCUAUCGAUAAAUCAAUGACAUUAUAAUGAAAUAAUUUUUAUCGGACCACUAUUUGCAAUACACAGUAUGAAUGUAAAUAGGCAAAAUGCAAAUUCUGAUUUUUAACAGUAAUUUUGACUCCUCAAAGUGAUCCAGUUGACGCCCGGUAUUCGCGGAGAUGUGUGCUACAACCCGCAACUGCUUAAUUGGAAAGUUCAAACACCAAAAAAACCCUCUAAAAAGGCUUAAACCUGAGUUUUUAAAAUAUUUUUAUCACAUAUCACAAAAAAUGUAGUCACAAAAAUAAGAAAAUACAAUAAUUAGUGAAUAUUUCUCUAUGAAAAAUACAGCAGAUAAAUGAAUUUUCCAUGAUUAAUGUAUAUAUACAUUGUUUGACAGAAAAAUCAUCAAAUAAACGAAGCCGCAAAUCCGGAACCACGAAUAGGUGGGGGUCCACUUCUUUAAACACAGAUGUUAAGAGUAUGAUUACUUAAUUUUAAUAAACAACAAACUUGAUCUUACAAGAAGAAAUUUUCUAGUACAGUACAGGUACUCCUCAUUUAACGACAUACUCCUUUUACAACAACUUCAAGUUACGAUAGCAACAUGAAAAAAAAAACAAAAAAAAACAAACAAGAAACUGAAAAUAAAAACUUUGCCAAUGGUGGCCAAGAGAAAGGAUAUUCAGUGCCAAUAAUCCAGCCUAGCCUAGGUUUUGAAACCCUUGAAAUCUAUGGCUAAAACAAUAAAUAAGGCUUUAAUGUACUUUGUAAAGAAAAGUUAUAUGUACAGUUGAACCUCUUAAAGCCGGCAUUCUAUGUUUGACUUGAUUUAGCCGCCACUAGUUCGUUGCGCUACCAAAUGGGUGGCGCCACGUAUUGUUUACAACUUCAAGGCAGCAAAAAAUAUGCCAUAUCUCCUUUGUUUUUGUGAGAGUAAUUCUUAGUAAUGAAAAGAAAAUGUGUGAAUUCUUAGUAAUGAAAAAAUGUGUUAAGUCAAAUAUGUGUUUUAUAUUAACUUGAAAAUACAUUUUUUUUUUCAAAUAUUCUACUUGAGAAGUCUCUACCAGGUCAAUCCUUUUUAAUAAAAACGGAUAUUUGGCAUGCACGAUACUAGAGGUAAGAAGUGCAAGCAUAAAUCAUAAAAUAAAGAAGUUAAAAUAUAUAUGAGUAAUAAAAUGAUAAAAAGCAUUGUCAGAAUUUUGCCCUAUAGUAAGCUAGCGCCUCAAUGGCGUGGUUGGUUUGGUGUUUGCUUUUCACCUCGGUGGUUGCGGGUUCAACUCUAUGCCAUUCCAUUGAGGAGAGAGAGAUGUGUAUUUCUGGUGAUAAAAGUUCACUCUUGACGUGGUUCGGAAGUCACGUAGAGCCGUUGGUCCCGUUGCUGAAUAACCACUGGUUCCAUGCAACAUAAAAACACCAUACAAACCAAACCAAUAGUAAGCUGUUGGAAACGAGUUCUGUGUAUAGUAUAUGACUGAAAACUAAUGCUAUUAGUCAAAAUAAAGAGAAAAACGCGUUUAACGAUGAAUUCACUCAACGACGUGGUUGCUGGAACGGAACCCCAUCGUUAAACGACGAGUACCUGUAUAUCAAAAUGUUUACUCUCGCUUUAUAUUUAAAAACUUUACGGUAUUAUAAAGAUGAAGCCAUCCAUAACAGCUAAACAGUAGCAGAAUCAAAGCUUUAAGUAUCUUCCUUGGCAUUAAGGAUUGAAUGUUUUGUACACGGGGAAAGAAAUAUUGCAGUUUAUUCUGCCCAUUUUCCUGAAAUAUUUUCAGCUAAUAACCAAGUCUUAAAUAGAAAUUACUCAAGUCUAAUGCAGGUCAUCCUAAUAAAGUGAAAGUAUCUCAAAAUAUAAAGUUCUAGUUUACAGUGCAAAAUGAAAAUAGUAGUAGAAUCAAAGUUGUGUAAAAACAAACUGGGAACAUUUGCAUAGUCAAAAUGCCUGAUUUACAAUCAUUUGCAGCAGUUUUCUUUUACAUCAUUGAUUUUAAUGGAGAGGUCCGCAAGAUUUUACUGAAUUUUGAACUUGGAAAUAAAUAGUACCUGGUCCACCUUAUUAUAAUACAGAUACAUAAAGGAUGCUAUUGAUAGCAGUACUAUAUUCUAACUACUGAUUGUACUAUGUACGAAGAACAAGGUGGUGUUAAACAGCUACUGAUAAUUUACUACUAUCUAAAUUAUUUUCAAUAUUAAAAAGUUGUUUAACAAUAUUACGUCACUUUCACUAUGUAGUUAGAAAUAUGUAAAAUUUUAGUUCACUACUUCCAAACAGUUAAACGCAGAUGUGUAUAGACAUACCUUGAUUUAGUGUGCCUUAGAUUUAUUUUAAUUACUCUAAUAACAAUUAAUACACAUGAAAAACUGGGGAGUAAUGUUAAAAAAUAAUUUAACAUUUAAUGCCAUCCCAUUUGCAGCAUACAAUUUGUAUCAAUGACAAGGUCUCCACAAUACUGGUGUAAUGGUAUUUUCUUUGUAUAAGGGGAUUACUAUAUAUUAACUUUAGUUGUCUGUGAAAGAAUAGUUUUUAAAUCAGUAAAAUUAUGAAUACUGUAGAGUAGAAAUUAAACAUAUGGUAUGUUAAAAAAUGCUACAGCUGUGUGGCAUCUGCUGUGAUAGUGUGUAUUGUGAUAUGAAGCCAAUGAAUUUCAAUCACAAUCAUAAGGACAAUGCAAUACAGGUAUCUGUAGUAAAACAUGUAUCUUUUCAUUAGUUAGAAAUAUCCCUGUAGACCAUUGUGGAGUGCAGACCUUUAAUAUUUUAGUACAGUACAUCAGUAAGACUGUAACAAAGCAUGUUGUAAAAUAAAACAAAUCUGAUAGGCAUUUAUUUGACCUUGAUAACUGUGAAAUCCCUCAAAUUUAUAUAUAAUCACUUGUACUUCCAGCAUGUCAGCAUCUCUUACUGAGCGGUCAAAAGUAAUUUCACUACCUAUCACUUUUAUCAAGUUUUGUUUUAUACCAUACUUGUAUUGCAAAACAAUUUUACAUGAAUAUUAACAUACAGUACCACAAGUAAUGGGGAUCUAGGAAAGAAUUAAUUUCUCAGGGUAUUCUUCAUAUAAAUUUCUCACAAGUGAAGGUAAUCCAGAUAAUACUAGAUAUUUGUAUGUCAAACAGUAAUGUAGAAUUUAUUAUUUUUUAUUGUUUUGUACUGUGCUUGUUAAUCUAGUAAAUGUCAGAACUAUGAGCUUGAGUAUGUAGUAAAACACUUUUUAUUACCAAAUAUUAGCAAUCAACUUGGGAGUCUUUCUUCACCUCAUCCCAAGUACUUCCUAUCUGACCUAAAUUAUUCAGAAAGACAACCAACAAUGAAAAAUUAUAAAAAUCCUUACCUUUCAAACACCUAUAGAUUUACCUACCAUAAACAUUCACUGCCUAAAGUUUGAAAAGGAAUUAAUUCAAGUCCCUUACUAGUAUCAAUUACCCACAAAAAAAUGUUUUUUAAUGUUGUCAUAGUUAUCAAGAAAAAAACUGCAAGUCAUGGUCUAAGACAUAAUUCAUAAUAUCUUAAAUAUUCUAUGUCUGUCCUGAGUCAAGAAUUCCUAAUAAAGUCCCUUACAAUAACUUAACUGUGCUUUACUGUCAAAUCAUAACUAGAUUCCUUUGUAUCCCCUUGAUGUCCUUAGCAAUCAAAAGAGAAGUCUAUGGGAGAGCAAUAGUGUUGGUAAAAUUAGUACAGUACAAUACUAAAUAUAGUUUUAGAUAUCAUAAUGUUCAUGUUCCUACAUAAGCUCCUUUAUGUUUAAAUUGCAGGCUGUUUAUUACUGUAAUAUUUAAUGGGUACCAUAAGACAUAAUUUCAUAUGCUUACUGUUUAUUUAGUGUACAGAAUGAAACUAAUAUUCUGAUUAUGUCAUGUACUUUUUAAUCUUACUGAAUUAAUAAUGUUUUUUUAAUCACUCCAUAAACAUUCAAGACCUCAAGUGAUUGGAAAAUCUUAAGAAUAAAUAGUGUACUGCAAUUUUUAUGUUAGUCCUUUUCUAAUACAAGUCAGAUAAAGUUUGUUGGCAAAAUAAAUUACUGUGGUUGGAAAAAGUGCAAUUGUGUAACAGACUGUUUGUAAUAUGUAUUAGCUACUGGAACUAGGAUGGCUAGUUUUAUACACGUGCAAGUUUGAAAAUCUUUAUGUUACUUAUAUUAACUAUAAUGAGCUCUUCUGACUAACGAAAAGAGAAAGAACCACUAUGUAACUAUAUGAAAGCACAAUCAUAGGCACAUUAAAGCUGAGUUGCUGUCUCACAAACCUACAGUAUGUUAGUUUUCAAAGUAAGUUUAUAGGAAAAAAUGAUAGCAGCCUUACAUAUUUACUAUUUGUUGGUCCUGACUGAUAAUGAUUAUUCAGGGCACCUACAAUAUUUUUUCCCUACAGUUCAUUGGGUCUUAACAUGUUGUACAACUGGGAAAUUGUAAGGUUAAAAUUUUCACUCAACACUCCAUACAUAAAGAUGUAGUUCUCAUGUAUAUAGAAACAGGCCCUCACUGAAAAGUAAUUUUGGUUUUUGAUAUUAUUAAUAUAAAAAUAUACAAAAGCAUACAUAAUAAUGAGCUAGCCAUACUAUAGACCAGCAAAUUCAGUACAAGGUCGUUAAUAUUUCUAUACUAAGUUGAAGAGUAACACUUCCAUAUCAGCCAACCCUUUUCAAACUUAGCUAUUCUACACAGCCUAAAACCUUCAGAAUAUUUUGUUUACAUGUGAAGCAUAGAAAUCUGAAAUAUAAAUGGCAAUUACAACUGUACUGAUAUAAAAAAAGAGUUUCUAGCAUAAUAUGUUACUUCCAGAACAGUAAAACCGACAAUGCAAAUCAUAGAAAAUAUGAUGAUUAAAUUUCACAUGGAUUGCAACUUAACAUAAACUUCAAGGAACUAGGCAAAAAAAACUUUAAUUUGCAUGCCUAAGCAUCAUGCAUUAUUGUAAACAUACAAAAGGAAUUAGUGACAAAAUGUUUGUGAUGAACUACUAUUGUUGAUGCUGUAACUCAAAGAAUCUGAGGAAUAUAAAAUGCAUAAUGUGCAGCAAUAUUAAAGUACUCUAUUUAAAAAGAGAAAUAAAGCAUGAUAGUUUAAAUAAAAAUACUAAUAAUCAAGAGAAAAAAAUCAAAUGUUCACUAAAAAUUUACCAAAGUACUAUUGUCUAAAGUGCAGCCGUAGCAAGUUACCAGAACUAGAAUGCAAUUCCUUCCUUGAAACUAAAUUAAGAUGAAUCUAAAAAAAAAAAUUACAUUGCCAUUACAUUCUUCAUAAGUAAAGCAUCACUCACAGGAAUAAAAAAAAAAAAAAAAAGAAAAAAA